CGUCAAUUUCUGUUCCUUUUUGUCACCACCACCACUCAAGAGGGAGACGGAGAGAGUAACGGCGAAUAUGGAAGGGAUUGGCCUGCGAAGUUGCGGCGAGGAGAUUCUCAAUCUCGGCUUUAGUUUACGCGGUGGUAACGGCGUCAGGUUUCCGGUUCUCCGGCGAGCUAUGGUGAUAAAGAUGAGAGACCGUGGCAAGAACAGGAAACCAUUGCAGAGAGGUCGAAUGCUCAGUAUCGAAGCGAUUCAAGCGGUUCAAGCUUUAAAGCGAGCUAAUCCUCUUCUUCCUCCUCCUACUCCUUCUCCCACGUCUUCUUCACCAAUGCUCGAUCGUGUAAUCGAUUCCAAAUUCCGUCGUCUCUUAAAAUUCGAUAUGGUCGCCGUUCUCAGAGAGCUAUUACGCCAAAGCGAGUGCUCUCUAGCUCUCAAGGUAUUUGAAGAGAUUCGAAAAGAGUAUUGGUACAAGCCUCAGGUGAGAUUAUACUCAGAUAUGAUCACUGUUAUGGCGGAGGAUACUAGUUUGAUCGAAGAGGUUAAGUAUCUUUACUAUGAAAUGAAAUCAGAAAAGGGUUUAAUGGCUGAUGUUGAAGGCUUCAACACUCUCUUGACGACACUUUUGAAUCAUAAGCUGUUUGAUCUUGUCAUGGAUUGUUAUGCCUUUAUGCAAUCAAUUGGGUAUGAGCCUGAUAGGUCUUCCUUUAGGAUUUUGGUUUUAGGUCUUGAAUCAAAUGGUGAAAUGGGUUUAUCGGCUAUUGUUAGACAAGAUGCUCAUGAGUAUUAUGGUGAUUCACUUGAGUUUGUUGAAGAAGAUGAAGAAGUAUCUAGUGGGACUCGUGGUGUGUUGAUCUAAUAAUGAUGGAACUCUUCAUGGUUUGAUGUUCAGUAGAGCUCGAAGUUUGAUCAUACUGUAUACUAAUAUCUUCCAAGUAGGAGCCGAUUAGAUGAUGCCUGGAUUUUUGUAUCUAAGGUUAGCCGAACCAUAUCAUGUAGGCUUGUAUGUUGUAAGUUGUAACAUUGGAGUGUUACCACCGUGUACGCGUUUUUGGAUUGUAUCAGAGAAGAUACGAAACUUGUAUCUGUUCUACAGUCACUCAAGUCUAUGGAGACAGACAAUUAUAGCUACACAAAUCCAUAACAAUUGCAGUUUUAUUCGUAA